ACGUGGGCCCUCCUGAUUCCGGCGCAGUUGAGGCCCAGGGUGGUGAACAGUCUCCGGCACCAUGUCUGGUUUGUCUGGCCCACAAGCCCAGCGUGGCCCUUGCCCAUUAGCGUUGCUGCUUUUAUUCCUGCUCGGCCCCAGCUCCGUCCUCGCCAUCUCCUUCCAUCUGCCCGUUAACUCCCGCAAGUGCCUCCGCGAGGAGAUCCACAAGGACCUGCUGGUGACCGGCGCGUACGAGAUCACCGACCAGUCUGGGGGCGCUGGCGGCCUGCGCACCCAUCUCAAGAUCACAGAUUCUGCUGGCCAUAUUCUGUACUCCAAGGAGGAUGCAACCAAGGGAAAAUUUGCCUUUACCACUGAGGAUGACGACAUGUUCGAAGUGUGUUUUGAGAGCAAGGGAACAGGGCGGAUACCUGACCAACUCGUGAUCCUAGACAUGAAGCAUGGAGUAGAGGCAAAAAAUUACGAAGAGAUUGCAAAAGUUGAGAAGCUCAAACCUUUGGAGGUGGAGCUACGACGCCUAGAAGACCUUUCAGAGUCUAUUGUUAAUGAUUUCGCCUAUAUGAAGAAGCGAGAGGAAGAGAUGCGUGAUACCAAUGAGUCAACAAAUACUCGGGUCCUGUACUUCAGCAUCUUUUCAAUGUUCUGCCUCAUUGGACUAGCUACCUGGCAGGUCUUCUACCUGCGUCGCUUCUUUAAGGCCAAGAAGUUGAUUGAGUAAUAAAGCCCAGUCUCCUCCUACCUUGUAUCUUAGCCAGCAGAACAUCGCUGGGACGUGCCUAGCCUAAGCAUCCUACCAACAGCACCAUCAUGGCACGUUGGAGCUUUCUCGCCAGAACUGAUCUCUUUUGGUGUGGGAGGACGUCAUUACCACCUACACCCAAUAAGUCAAAGAGGGACUUCUUUUUAACUUGGUAGGACUUGGACUGGUUUUGACAGUAAGACUAUUAUUAGAGUCACCUAUGACAAAAAAAUAGGGGUUACCUAGAUAAUGCCAAAGCCAGCAUUUGUACUGGGUUUCCUCGUAUGAUCUGUUUGAACCAUGUUUUCUUUCCUUCUCCCACUUGCUCACCAAUUGGGCUUCCACUCUAGUUCCUUUACCAAGAUUUGUAUGACCAUGUUGAACUUGUUUCAUUCAGAUUGUCCUGUUUGAAUUUUUGUGUGACAACACCCUUAACUUUCUCUUGAUUCUUAGCUGAAAUGUUUAGGUAGCUUCUGGUGAUACCCUUUCAUAAGUUUGUGUCUCUUUAAAGGGUGAUGGAUGUGACACCUCAUACAAAUGAGCUUUGAAGUGUAGAUAACUCUUAAAGAAAAUUUCAUUUUAGAGAAUUAAAAUAUUUGUGCUCAGUUGCUUGAACUUUUUUCUUUUUGUGUGUUUAUGUGUUUAUGUGUGUUUAGUUCUGUACAUUUAUCACGUAUAGAUUCAUGUGACUACCGUCACAAGAUGCAGAGCCAUUCCACCACAUGGAUCGCUUGUGCUACCCUUUUAUAGCCACAGUCACUUCCUUCCUUACCCCCAAGCCUCAGCCUUUGGCAACCACUUAUCUGUUCUCCAUCUCUCUAAUUUUGUCAUUUUAAGAGUGUUAUAUAAAUGGAAUAAUAUAGUAUGUAACCUUUUGAGAUUGACUUUUUUCACUCAGCAUAAUGCCCUUGAAAUCCAUCCAAGUUGUUGCAUAUUCCACCAGUUUGUUCCACUUUAUUGUUCAGUAAUAUUUCAUAGUGUGGAUAUACCACAGUUUGUUUAACCAUUCACCCACUGAAAGACAUCAGGGUUGUUGUUUUCAGUUUUCAGCCAUUACUAACUAAUAAAGUUGCUGUGAACAUUCAUGUACAGGUUCUUUUUAUGUGAACAUAAAUUUUUAUUUCUCUGGGAUAAAUGCCCAAGAGAUGAGUUGCUGGGUUGUAUGGAAAACAGUUUAUUUUUGUAGGAAACUGUCCUGCUCUUUUUCCAGGGUGACUAUCCAUUUUAUAUUCCCACCAGCAAUGUAUGAUCAAUCCAGUUUCUCCACAUCCUCACCAGUAUUUGCUAUUAUUUUUUAUUUUUCAGUCAUUCUGAUAGGCAUAUGUAAUGAUACUUCAUUGUGGUUUUAACUUGCAUUUUCCUGAUAGCUGAUGAUGUUGAACAUCUUUUUCAUGUGUUUAUUUGUCAUCUGUUUAUCUUCCUCAGUGAGAUAGCUGUUCAUGUCCUUUGCCCAUUUUAUAAUUAGAUUGUGUGUUCUUUUUACUAUUGGGGUUUUUUUUAAUUGAAGUAUAGUUGGUUUACACUAUUGAGUUUUGAGCGUUCUUUGUAUAUCCUAGAUACAAGUCUUUUGUCCGUUAUGUGGUUGCUUAAAUUUUUAACCUGACUUCUACAAAAGAAAAAAUAAGUAAAAUUUACCAAGUCUUCUUACACGGCAAGUCACUGACUUAAUUUCUGUUCUUAUGUGUUCCAUCUAAUUUCUGUUCUUACGUGUUCCAUCUAGAGAAUGAAGACAUAAGAGUUAUUUAAAAAUAACACACCUGGGAGGAUCAUGAAUAGAGUAAAUACUUGAAAAUAUAUGUUGUGAAAGCAAAGCCAAGAAUCACUAUGGGAAUAUGAAGUGCCUAAAGGCCAAUACUAAUGUAAAUAAGAGAAAGUGUGGACACACAUGACCAUGUUCGUAAACAAUUGUGAAAAAUACCAUCACUUGAAAUUUUCGCCAUUUCUUCCAGUAAAGUAGGUAGGAGUUUGUCCUUUCUGUAAUCUCUUUUUUGACCCCUGCCGACUGUUAUAGGGCUUGUCUAAUAGCAACGGCAGGAAUUACAGGAUUUAGGGCCCUGUAGUUUGGCAGCGUAUUGGAAUUAACAAGAGAGUGCUGCUGUGAUGACCUGGAUAAAGUACAAAGGGGGAAGAGGUAGUGAGUUAUGUUGUUAAAAUCUCAGGCUCUUCUCUUAAUGUUCCAGCUACUGUGAACCCCAAAGCCUUUUUUCCCCCUUCCUUUGACUCCCUGUGUGAAUUUCUCUGGUGUGGCAUAAAAGUGGUUCUUUCAUUAAUUUGUGCAACAUUGCCAUCUGCUGUUAAGAAUUGGUAGGUACUGCUUCUGAGGCCCUGGCAGUCAAAUCCUCAUCAUAAAGGCAGCAGAUGUGGAUAAGGUCUAUCUGUGGUAUUACACAUACUGAACAACAGAGGAUAUAUCCAAGCAGGAAAGAAAAUAACCAAAUUUGUGAGUUAAGAUCCAUCCCUAGAUGCUUAAAGGUGAAAUUCUGUUCUGUACCAUUAGCCUAACAAGAUACUGUUUCAUAUUUCUGACUGGUGCCUUUCUCCCUUUUAGAAGAAAUGAAAGCUAUUGAGUUGGUUAGUCUUCUGUUCUGACAAAAUGUCUGAGAAGAUAGGAGAGGAGAAUAUUUUAUUUUGCUGAUGUUUUAUUCCCAAAUAUGACUUCGUGAAACUGAAAUUCUUUUCAUGUCCUUUCCUUUUACUCAUGCCAAAACUACCAACUUGGGCAUUUAUGCUUUAGAUUUAAAGUUCAUUGACAUUAUACCUUGAUUUUAUCUAAAAAGUAAAAAUUUUGCUUUUGGUAAAAGAUUAGUGCAAGAGCAAAUCAGCUUUAAAAACAAGGAUGUUAUCUGCGUUCCUCCAUUUUUGACCCGGUUAAUCAACAGUCUGUAAAUGAUUGAUGAGAAUGAUACAGUUUUAGUAAGCUUUGUUAUCUGUUGUCGUAAUCCCCUGUCAUAAGCCAUUUUUCUGUUUGUUUAAUGGAAAGAGGCAUGUGGGAUUUAUACAGAUUCACUUGUAAGUAUUGGAUUGGGGAUUUUUGUGUAAAUUUUCUCAAAUAAAGUCUAGCAGA